CUAUUGCAAAACCGAGAGAGGAGAAGAAAAGACGUCCAGCCGAGGCUGUCACACACACGGGGAGCUUUUAGCGUUUGUUUUUUACGGAGACAGUCGAGGAGGAAACCUUUAACCUCCGCAUGCCGGAGGGUCGCGUGUUUCCAGUGUGGCGGGGGAUCAGGGUCGGUAGUGGCGUUGGAGGCGGGUGGAGCCAGGGCUGGGGACGCUGCUUACGAUGGGAGCCAGACGGUCCAGGACAAGGCGCCCGGAUCCCGGAAUUUGACUACCCCGUCUGGGUUGUUCUCUGUCGAGGGGGACGCGCCAGGCUCUGGGAGGUUUGUCAGAGAGGGAGGGGUGCCAUCAGACUGCCCACAGACAUGCUCAGCAUCAAGCUUCCCCAGCUCUUCGACAUCCACCAGGUCCCCAAAGUGUUCAGGGAGGACAGCAUCAUCUCUGGAUACCGUCACCCGCGGAGCUCAGCGCUGGACUGUGUCCUCAGCAGCUUCCAGAUGAACAACGAGACCAUCAACAUCUGGACACACUUCCUGCCAACAUGGUACUUUCUGUGGCGUUUCUGUGUCCUCUGCUCCACGAUGAACUUCCUGACGGACAGCUACACCUGGCCCCUGCUGGUGUAUAUGCUGCUCAUCUGCAUCUACCCCUUCACCUCCAGCUGCGCACACACCUUCAGCACCAUGUCGCCUGAAUCUCGCCACAUCUGCUACUUCUUUGACUACGGAGCGCUCAGCCUCUACAGUCUGGGUUGUGCCAUAAGCUACGGAUACUACGUCAUGCCCGACUGCUGGGUAAACAGCUGGCUCCAUCAGCAUUUUGUCCCCAUUGCCAUUGGAAACACACUGUUCUGUACCAGCAUGUCCUGCUAUUCCAGGUUUUUGGAGCUGCAGUUCCCACAGAGAAGUAAAGCCCUGAGGACAGGAGCGUUUGUCCUUCCUUUUAUUUUUGACACUGUCCCUCUGUUUUACAGGAUCCUUCUGUGCUGCGGGGGAAGCUGCAGCCCGAGCGACGCCUUGUCCAGUCACUGUUAUCACCUUCUCUUUGCCUUCCUCACCUGUUUCCUGUUUACCGCCCACCUCCCGGAGAGGUUGGCCCCCGGCCGCUUCGACUACUUUGGCCACAGCCACCAGCUCUUCCACAUCAGUGCCGUGGUGGGGACCCACUUCCAGAUGGAGGGCGUGGUGGCAGACAUGGCGUCACGGCGGGCGUGGCUUCUAGCCCACGGAGCCAUGCCCUCCUUUCUGGGGACCAUCGGGGUGCUGGCCGCCAGCCUCGUCCUCAACCUGGGCAUUAUUGUCAUCUUCAGCGCCCCGCUGCUGUGGAAACGCUGCCACACCUCCAACCAGCCGCACGUGUCACCGUGCGAGUGCAAGGAGCAGUGAGGGCGCGUUCUCCACCAACAGCCUCAACAUGGCUCAACGAAGUAAAGGUUUGGGCUGUUUGUCCGUGUGUUUCACUGUCAUUUAACACCAGUAGUAGUUGAUACAUCAUGGUCAGUGCUUAAGAAUCUCUAACGCGGUUACACACCUGAAGUUAUCUGUUCAUGUGUUCGCUCAGCAGCUGAGGACCCAGACGCACUUACUGAAGCCUUUUUCUGAUGUUGCAUUAAUCUGUGAGAAAACAUGUACAAAAAGUCUGUUUAAUUUAUUUUUAAUGUUACUCAAUGUGCAUUAAAAAAGGCUCUGGGUUGCAGGAAGCAUGCUGUUGUGACACAACGCACAAGUGCCUUAUCACAGACCCGCACUUCAUUCACAGUGUUUACAGUCAACCUCAAACUGGAAACAUCUGAUGUCACAGUUGGCAGGGAUUAUAUUUACAAUUAAUGAUGCUUCUUUUUGCAUUUACUAGUCCAGAAUCUCCUUUACUUUAUUAAGGAUUUGCUGAAAGUAUUCUUUGUAAGUGGACCACUUAGUUCUAUGCAUGAAGACAACCCCUCAUUCAACUCUGCAUAAUAUAAUGCAGAUUGAGUUGCCGGCUCUUAUAUAUCCACCUAUUGAUCCCACUCUGCACUGACUGGAAUUAAUUUGCAGGUCAUGUGGUUCUUUUUUUUUCUUCAGAUUGCCUGCCUCAUUAUGAACCCCACAAUCUGUGGGAGAAAAAAAUGUUUCAGUGCAGCAGUGAUUAAGACAGGUACCAUUUUUAUAACAGUGCGUUUCCAUCGCAACACUAUAGUGGCCUCAUGCCCCCUGAGGGUCUUGAACAAUUUUUAUGUUCUGAGCACCGUUUUUCUCUUGUUCUUCCGUCUCGUCUGUCCUGAACAUUUUAUCAUGUACAAAAGCACUUCAAUUCAGCGGCUUUAUUACAGCUUUAUAAGCUUUUUGCAUAUUUUCAUUCCAGUCAAAUUUCCAGCACUUGUGGUUUAUAACUUAAGAGAUAUAGAGAGGGGGGGGGGGGUAUAUUUAGUCUGGGGUUGUAUUAAUAUGGGGGUCUUUUUGGUAUUGCAGUAUUAUGGUAAAUAUUCAGUAUAAAAAGAAACAUAACACUCCAUAUAUAUUGUGGUUAUCUUGUCCCAUGAGACUAAAAUAAUAAGUGUCUUCUAUAUACUUGGAAUUGUGUUGCUUGUUUUAGGUGUGUAAACAGGAAUAAAGAUAUAUGUUUUUCUUUUCGGGGAGAUCUAUAGUACCAUAGUUUAGUAAAAAUAAUAAUUCUUAAUAAAUCCAUGAUUCACUCACUGUGAUUAUUGUUUUCUUAAAACAAGUGAAAAAAUAUUUUCGCAGGUUUCCUAUCAAACAAAAGUUUACUAAUUUAUUUGUUUUCACAUAUUCAAAAAAAAAUAAAAGUAUUACACAAGCAACAUAAAAUGGGAUUUUAAGAUGCAAAAAAACGUGAUGAGGGUACUCUCCAGUGUGUACCUUAACCCUUUAAAACCUGAAUCGACAUCACUUUUUUGUGCUGCAUUCAGACACUUUU